UGAAUGCCAAAUAAGUUUAGUUUAAUACCUGCAUGUGUGUGGGAUCCAAUAGUAUGUUUUUUCGAGUCCACAAUGUCUAUCUUGUGAUGAAAUUUUUGUUUCAGAGUCGAUGUUGUGUUUGUUGACGUCAGAUGGCAAGAAGAGUGCUAAAUCGCCUUGUGUUGAGCAAUAGUCCAAUACAUUACUUUUUUGGGAGGGAAAUUCAACGCUAAGAAUGAACUUGGAUUCGUGGAAUAAUUAUGAACAGAAGUAAAACGAAAAAAGGAUCUUUGUUGUUGUCUUCACAACCGUUUGUGCAUAUUUUAGAUAAAAAUCAGCGUGCAAAGCGUUGUGAAUAUUGUUUUCAAGGGAUCACUACUGUUUUUCGUUGUUCAUCUUGUAGAUAUGUCUACUAUUGUAACAAGGAAUGCCAGAAACUUGCAUGGAUUGAUCACAAGAGGGAGUGUAACAACAUCAGAAAAAUAUCACCAAAUGUUCCUCCAGACAACCUUCGAGUUUUAGCAAGAAUAAUAUUAAAACUGCAGGUAAACUGUACAUAA